CAAAAAUAAAUCAAAAUAGGGUGAAAAAGCAAAUGAGAAACAGAGGCUCUGAUAGAGGAAGAGGAGGAAGAAAGAGAGACUCGCAGCAGUUUUGAGUGAAGAUGACAAAGAAAAGCGGCGAGUUUCUCCUGCUGCUCGGCUGCCAUCACACUAUGGCUGUCUGAGGAAAAGUGCAUUUUUUACGGUUAUCUCCAUAGAUCUUGAGAGAUGGAAAAGGAAGGGAAAACCUCUAAAGCCACAGAGUCGGACUUUUUGCUGCAAUGGGGGAACAGAAAGAGGCUUAGAUAUUCAAACUUGAAUAAGGACGCAACCUUGAGCAACAACAAAAAACCGUCGGACUGUUUAAGGAAGAAGAAAAUCACUUCUCGGGCCGCCGAUAAAGAGUCUCCGGCUCCUCAUCCACUGCCCAAUCGCAUGGACAAGAGUUCAGCUUCGCCAAGGAAUAGUAGGAAGCUAUUUGUUACUUCACCGGAGAAGGAAGAUCGGUACUACACAACGAGGGGUUCAUUAGGGUUGGACGAGAAUGGGAAGGUGUUAGGAUUAGAUUAUCCUGGUUCUGCAAGGGAUGACAAAGGAAGCCAUGCUUGGCCAAGGUUAUUUCUAUCAUUGUCUAGUAAAGAAAAGGAAGAGGAUUUCAUGGCUAUGAAAGGGUGUAAGCUACCUCAAAGGCCCAAGAAAAGAGCAAAAUUGCUCCAGAAAAGCCUACUUUUGAUUAUGCCCGGUGUAUGGUUAUCGGAUUUGUGCCAGGAGCGGUAUGAAGUGAGGGAGAAGAAGACUUCAAAGAAGAGACCCAGAGGAUUGAAGGCCAUGGGAGGUAUCGAUGGCGAAUCAGAAUGAGAGAAACAUGUGAACAAAAGGCAAGAAGAUGCAACUUUUUUGAGUAGUUUGGACUCCGUAUGCAACUAGGGACAGAGAUCAAAGCCGGGUAAAAGAAAAAUUGAAAGAAACGGCAUGAUCUCUCUUCCUUUGGUUUGUCAAUGUGUUGCUAACAACUUGAUUCGAGCAACAGUCCAAUUCUGUUCAAACUUGAUUGCAGAAAGACGCACAUUUCUUUACCCAA